CGACGGCACCUGUCUGUGCGGGAGAGCUGCCAUCUAUCCCAGAUGGAGUCAGCUCAAGCUCCACAAACGAACUCAUCGCACGUCUCAUCGCCUCCGCACAUGCAGGUAUGUGAGAGCGCUCAUGCAUCAUUCAGACGCAAGAUCGUAAGACUGCGACCGUCAGGUGAGGGAGAUGCGAAUGGCUGGCGAACGGUCAGUCCGGCCAGCGUCGCCAGAGGCUUUAGACUCAUGGCGCACGCAAUUGAACUCCUUGCGCACACAACAUCCUGUCGAAUCUAGGCGACGUUCCUCUUUCUAUCAACACGUUCACCUGGUGAUGCCCCGCUCGUCAAGGAUGACAGGACGACAGAGGCUGUCAGAAAGACUAUUGAGAAGGCCAUCCAGUCAUCAGAUGUGGAGGGAUUGCAGGAGGCAAUAGGCAGUCUAUCACUUGAACAAGCGGAGAUAAUCUUGAAAAGCGGAAGAUGGGGACCCAAUUCAAGCGAGUCUGCCAUUCAUUUGGCUGCAGGUACGCGUAGUCCAACACAUGAUGAAAAAUCAUACGAACAUGAGAGCUUCUUUGUUGUCAGCGGUUUCUUCAGAUGCGAACAUUUUUGAUAUGCUGCUGCAAGAUCGACGACACUUCCUUUUCCUGAAAGAUCCAUUUGAUGUACUUAAUCAAUAUCUUUUGGUCAGUACCUUUAUGCUUUGCUUCCUUUCUCCCAGAAUGACAAGACAUCUCUUCACAUCCUUGCGAGACGAAAUCAACCUCAUCUUUUGAAGAAACUUGUUGGCUCGGGUGAACUAGACCUGCUGAAAGUCAAGGUUACUCGAUAAUCAGAACCCUGCAGCUCGUAAAAGAGAUGCCGCUUGCCUUUUCUUCUAUUUUAGGAUGCUUCCGGUUUUACUCUAUUGCAUGUCGCAGCAGGUAAAGCAUAUGUAGGUUGCAAAGGGCCGUUCCAUCCAUCUAGCGUCCUCUUGUGUUAUGUCUCAGAGUGCGGCCAGGCAAAUGUGGUGAGGACAAUACUCAAGAUGGACCCUGAGAUAUGGCGCGAAAAAAACAAAGUAAAUCAACAUACAGCCCUUUGUUUCACGAAAGUGCUAUUCGCUAUGUGGAACUCAACAGAAACGCAGGACUGUAUAUCAUACAGCGGCCUAUGAGGGCCAAGCUGAAGUGCUGGAGGCUCUCUUCGAUGCGGCUGGGCUUGAGGGUUUUUUAUGCAAUUUGUUCGUCAUUGGGUAGAUCGUGGCUCACUCGCUGCCCUUCGCAAUGUGGCCUAUGCUCUCUUGCAAUCCUUUACUUUGCGUCGCUUCAAUGACUUGCAGCACAUUCGUCGCUGUAAUCUCAAGGAUAAGGGCGUAGGCCAUGGUUUUAUUCCAUUCGUUCAGAGGCAGAAGAAUGACCCAUUUGGUAAGGGUCUGUCAGUGCCGAUUCCGGAGGGCAACUCUCUCCGCCUUUCUCUCUUACGUCUCUUACGUGCGUUUCUGCGUGUCGCCCCGGGUGGAUGUGGCGACGAAGGAAGAGACGGACGAGCAGACAAGACAGACGAACCCAAGCCAAGAGGUUGACCCAGUGCGGCAGCUAACCUGUCCGUACUGGAGAUGGUCGGCACGGCAAUGGGCAGCUUAGAAGGCACGCAGAUGUCAUGUUUGUCGAUCUGCAUGUCGUCAACUGACCGGCGGCGGGCAACGAAGGGUGGGUGGACGGAAGAGAUGAGCGGCCUUGGAGAUAAGAGAAAAAUGACGGGCCGCCUGCUUGCUUCAGACUCGGAAUGAAUGGCAAGCAGGCAAGAUGGCAAGAAUGGCAGGGAUGGGACCGACAAGAAAUACAUUAAAAGCAAGACAUGAGUCCG